AUAUAUAUAUACACACACAUAUAUCGAGCAACAAGCGAUGGAGAAAGGACUUGUCUGUGUAACGGGAGGCCGAGGGUACUUAGCGUCAUGGCUGAUCAAGACCUUGCUCGAAGACGGAUAUUCUGUAAACGCCACUGUUCGAACCGAUUCAGGCACGAUGAAAGAUGUGAGCUACCUUACAAACUUACCGGGGGCAUCAGAGAGGCUUAAAAUUUUCGAUGCGGAUCUAAGCAAACCCGAGACCUUCAAGGAACCGAUCAAAGGUUGCAUUGGUGUAUUUCACGUUGCACAUCCGAUCGAUUUUGAAGGUAAGGAGCCUGAAGAAGUGAUAACCGAAAGAGUGGUCAAGGGUAGUUUGGGCAUUUUACAUGCGUGCAUCGAUUCAAAGACGGUAAAGAAAGUUGUGUACACAUCUAGUGCAUCUGCAGUUGUGAUGAAUGGGAAAAAGCACACCGAGGUCUUAGAUGAGGAAUCUUGGAGCGACGUUGAUUUUAUCCGUAGUCAUUUUAAGGAAUUUGGGGCUUCGUAUUUCAUUUCCAAGACAAUGGUCGAGAAAGAAAUGUUAGAAUUCGGUGAGAAAAAUGGAUUGGAUGUUGUGACCGUCGUUCCAACUUAUGUUCUUGGUCCGUUUAUCGGCCCUCGUUGCCCUGAUUCCGUGUACGUCUCGAUGGCUAUGAUCUUUGGCGAUACGAGCAAGUACAAAAUGCUUACGAAAACGGAUUUCGUGCACGUUGAUGACGUGGCUCGGGCACACAUUCAUCUUUUUGAGUUCCGAAACGCGAACGGAAGGUAUAUUUGUUCGAAAAUUGGCUACACAAUCGAGGAACUGUACAAAUUUUUAUCAUCCAGAUAUCCGGAAUAUAAGAUGCCAAAUAUCGAGUUUUUGAAGGAUGCUGAGACAAUGAAACUUCCAAGUGUCUCGUCAAGUAAACUUUUGGGGACGGGAUUCCGGUUCCAGUACGGGCUUAAGGAAAUGUUUGAUGAUGCAAUUAACUGUUGCAAACGAAACAAGAUAUUGUAGAUUCGUACACGUCAUAUAAUAUGCGUAUUAAGUAUUAAGAAAAGGGUACGGAUCCUUAGAACCUUUUUAUAUGAUGUUUUUAUAUAAAAUGGCUAAUAAGACUGCUUACUUUUUAAGUUUUUUAAUUUAAAAUAGCAGAUGAUGAAACAAUUAAUUAUCAAAGUCGUAAAACUCU